AUCGAUCCCAUCUUUAUCAAAACAGAUGUACAAAGUCUAAACUGAGAGCAUAUAGAUAGUAUAAGAAUGGCUGCAACUGGUCUGAAACGUAAGCUGGAAGGUGAAAUAGAAAUAAGAGUUGGUGCAGCUGAUGUUUUCCAUGAACUUUAUCAAGAUAAACCACAUGAAAUCAGCAAUAUUCACCCUGAAUUUGUGCAAGCUUGUGAUUUGCACCAUGGUGCUUUUGGAACUCCUGGAUCCAUCAUUUCUUGGCAAUAUACUCUUGAUGGAAAGCCUCAAAUCGGAAAGGAAAUAAUUGAAAUGGUAGACGAAAAGAAUAAGAUGAUCAGAUUCAAAUUGAUAGAAGGAGAUUUAUUAGAAGAAUAUAAUUCCUUUGUUCUUACUUCUCAAGUGAUAUCUGAAGGUGAUGAACUUUGCCUAGUCAAAUGGAUACUUGAAUAUGAGAAGAAGCAUUCUGGCAUUUCUGAGCCAACUACUGUUUUGGAUGCAUUACUUGAUGCAGCCAAACGGAUUGAUGAACAUCACCAUCGCCAAGACAAACAAUAAAAUUAUUUAUAACGAUAAUGAAUCCUAUGUAUAUUAAUUUCUUAGUUUCAUUUUGUUUGUUUUAGUCUUACGUAACAAUAAUUAAUUGUUACUUAGUUUGGUCAGACUAGAACAAAUUUAAAGAAAUAAAGAAAUAUCUUAUGUUGUUGUUUUUUAUUUUUUUCGUUUCAAUGUCAUUGCAAAAUAAAAUGUUGUUUACGAAUUAAAAUAUCUGCUCUUUAAUUAUUGAGAUUGUAACAUUCUCUUUUAAAGGUUUUAUAUAGUUUUGCAUAAUAUUGCAAUUUAAAUUGAGCAUAAGAGUAUGUGAAAUGAGUAGGUUAUUACAUGUUUGUAAGUCAAAAUUUAAAUGAACUUAUAAAUUAUGUAUA